AUGACAUAUUUAUCCUCACUUGCUCAAGAAGACAGUAUUGAGUUAUUUUUGGUUUGUCGAGCAUUUGUUGGCAUUGGAGAGGCAUGUUUUGUUGCAGUGGUCCCUACAAUCAUUACUGAUCUUUUUGAACAAAAAAAUCGUGCUAUUGCUUUUGGAGUCGUUUCUCUGACCAUUCCAGUGGGCUCGGGGAUUGGUUAUAUAACCGGUUCUGUCAUAUCCGAACACCUCGGAUGGAAAUGGGCCUUUCGAAUCACCCCAAUAUUCGGAGCCUUUCUUGUCCUUAUCAGCUCCAUUUUGCUCUACGAGCCCGAAAUUGGUCAAAAUGACGAUUUUUUGACAAAAACCACAACCAGUUAUUCUAAAGACUUGAAAGUAUUAUUCACCAACAAAACAUAUCUCCUAAUCUUGUUGGGAUGUAUUGGAGUCACAUUUUCCGGAGGGGCUCUUGGGUUUUGGAUCCCCGCAUAUGCACAAGUGGUUCUCCAACACAUGUCUCCUAACACAGUGACUACAAUUUGCGGAGUCAUCAUUUGCUGUGCGGGACUGACUGGUAUAUUCUUUUUGUCACAUCAAAGGUGUGUUCAUCGGGUCACUUCUCUCAAAGAAACUCCAGCCAAUAUCUGUCUCAUAUGA